UCUACGCUGUGCGCGUCCAAUGUGUAGGCCAUAGGUGAUUUUGUGUUAUGUGUUUGGUUGUAUCAUUGUUUUCGCGCUCUAAUUGUGUGUAUAGUAUGAUGUCUACAGAAAACUCUAAAGUGGACAGAGUGACGAAGAAAUGGAAACAGUGUCAGAAUUAAUAAAGUUUAUAGGAGGACGUCUUUGUUAUUUUCAGUCGCCCGGAGCGAUCAAAUUUACUGCUUCGUGUUAUUAAAUAUGAGGAUGGGCCUGUUUGACAGUAAUGCUAGGGGUUUAAAAUGAGAAGUGCUCAAGCACUGCUGUGAAACUCUUCUUGAUUGGUGAGACAGAUUUUCAGAUGUGUAGUUUUGAAGUAUAUUAGAAAUAGAACGUAAAGCUUAAACUCCAUAAACCCAAAGAAAGGAAAACGCACACAGCGAAUAUGUCAUCUUGUUUAGCCUCAAUCCAAACCCUUCUGUGAAUGUGUGCAGGUUAUCUGCUGUAUAAAUACACAAUGGCACUGCACGGAGCACCACCAAAGCGAAAGGAGAUCUAUAAAUAUGAGGCACCAUGGCCACUGUACAGCAUGAACUGGUCUGUCAGACCAGAUAAACGUUUCAGAUUGGCUCUCGGAAGCUUCGUGGAGGAAUACAAUAAUAAAGUACAAAUAGUUUCCUUAGAUGAAGAUACCUCAGAAUUUAGUGCAAAAAGUACCUUCGACCAUCCAUAUCCAACAACAAAAAUAAUGUGGAUACCAGACAGUAAAGGUGUUUUUCCAGACCUGCUUGCGACAAGUGGUGACUACCUCCGUGUUUGGCGUGCAGGAGAACCAGAAACAAGGCUAGAAUGUGUGCUGAACAAUGUAAGAAACAAGAAUUCAGACUUCUGUGCCCCAUUAACUUCAUUUGACUGGAAUGAAGUGGAUCCGAAUCUGAUUGGCACAUCAAGCAUAGAUACUACAUGUACCAUAUGGGGGCUGGAGACAGGACAGGUUCUUGGGAGAUCAAAUUUAGUGACUGGUCAUGUAAAGACCCAACUAAUUGCUCAUGAUAAAGAAGUAUAUGAUAUUGCUUUCAGUCGAGCUGGGGGUGGUAGAGAUAUGUUUGCUUCAGUUGGGGCUGACGGUUCUGUGAGGAUGUUCGAUUUGCGUCAUUUAGAACAUUCUACCAUAAUAUAUGAAGAUCCUCAACAUACACCACUCCUUCGCCUGGCAUGGAACAAACAGGAUCCCAAUUACUUAGCAACAGUUGCAAUGGAUGCCUGUGAGGUGAUUAUUUUAGAUGUCAGAGUUCCGUGUACACCUGUUGCAAGACUAAAUAACCAUAGAGCGUGUGUCAAUGGAAUUGCGUGGGCACCACAUUCAUCAUGCCACAUAUGUACAGCAGGUGAUGACCAUCAAGCUCUCAUAUGGGACAUUCAACAAAUGCCACGGGCAAUAGAGGAUCCAAUUCUAGCAUACACAGCAGCAGAAGGUGAAAUCAACCAGAUUCAAUGGGGUGCUACACAGCCGGAUUGGAUUGCGAUAUGUUACAAUCGUGCACUGGAAAUAUUAAGAGUUUGACUUUUUGCUUCAGCCAAAAUUUCUUUUUCCAUAAAAUUUAUCAUGUAGAAGUUUUUGUAAUUUUAAGUACAAUACUUUGUGUAUGUAUGUAUGUACGUAUGUAUGAUGUCUUUUUAGGUAAGAGUAUUAAACAAAGUGAAAUUUCAGUUUGUUGCGAAUUGGGUAUAUUGCUUAUUUUUUGUAUUUAAUGAAUUUUAUUAGAGAAUAUUACCCAUGGUAGUAGUACAUUCCUGUGAUUCUUUUGAUAUCAUUGGGGACAAUGUUAGCAUUACUGAGGCAGAUUACUUAAAAAAAUUUGUACCCAAAAGGGAAGAGGUUUUUUCCCCCCAUGAGCGUCUUCGUACACUGAUAUAGUUUUGAAAACUGAUGUAAAGAAUAAUGUAAUUAAAAUAUUUAUGAAUCAAAA